GCAUUUUAAGUUAUUAUAAUACUGAAACCAAAGAACGUAGAGUAAUCAUGUAACCAUUGGCUAACUUGCAAGUGAGUGCCGUGCAUUGGCCCGCGGGAUUGAUGUCAAGUGAAAGUAUAUAUAAAACUCGAAACAGACGAGGAGCGGCGCCAUACCAGCAUGAAGCUUCAGGUGACAAUUUCGUGCGUGGUGGCGGCGGUGGUGAUGGCUCACGUGCAGGGAGGAGCGGCAGCACCCCUGGGAACUCCAUCGUUCCAAGAUAGCAGUGGAAAUCUUAGACGUGUAAUUGAUCUGAGGCAGAUUGUCGACGUACUGCUUCUGGCGCUGCCUGAAAUCAAACCACUUUUCGAAAGUUUAAUAGAAGAGAUGAAUGAAACACAACUGCUAAAUUUGGAAGUGAUGAUACGGUUCCUAAUGCCUCUCAUGGAAGCAGUCAUAAAGACGCAAGUCAGAAAUGAUGGAAUCGACCAGAGGGAAAAAGAUUUGCUGAAUGAAAUGGAGUUUUUCAGCAAUGUGUUGCUCACUUUCGUACAAAAAAGGAAAGAUAAAUUAAAGAAUCCUAGACAGAGUACACCUCCUGUGCUAGAAACAAUACCGGACUACACUGACUUGCUUGAUAGCCACACUCCUCUCCCAGACCACACGCUCCUCCCAGAUCACACGUCCCUCCCAGGCCACACCCCCCUCUUAAAUCGCACGUCCCUCCCAGACCACACGCCCCUCCCAGACCACACGCCCCCUUCCAGAUCACACGCCCCUCUCAGAGUCGUUCCUCGAGACUGACUUCAGUAUUUCAGGUGUUAGUCCUAAGCCAAUCCAGAUCGAGUACAACAUUCCAUCGUCAAAAAGCCUACAUGAUAACUCUUCAGUCUACAGUGAACAUGAACAGGAUAAACUACCUCCCUUGAAAGCUGCUGCAUCAAUAGAAGAGGAGGGUUCAGAGAUUCUGGAAACAAGAACAACAGACAGAUCUGAGAAAACACAACCUGAUGCGAGGCUGAAAGACAAACACCAACGAUUUACUUCUCAUCGCUACAAUCUGUUCUUUAGACCUCCAACUGACGAUGCAGAAGAUGAAGUUUCAGAAUUAUCAUCCAUAGAACGUACAACAUCUGGCAACGUAAAAGAACGCACUAAUGAGAACCGUGCAUCCACCUCAACCACACCGUUCCAAUUCAAGGAAGGCAUCUCGACGUCACUUUCCCAACACGAAGACAGGACCAAAGAAAGAUUAGGUAUGCUUUUCUUUACAAUACCAGGUAAUGGCCACGUGUACAUGUCGAGAGGGAAAUAAUGAUAGUCUGUUAAAUAUAAAAAAAAUAAAUAAAUAAAUAAAAAUAAAUAAAUAAAAAAUAAAAA